GAUUAUAUUCUUUCGAAAAUAAUAGCUGGAAAAUUUCAAGUUUUAUACAACAGCAUAAUAUUGAAUACGAUGGAAUCGAUUACAUCAUCCGAAAUUAUUGGUGGAAAAUAUCGUCUAACAAAUAAAAUAGGCAAUGGAUCUUUCGGGGAUAUAUACCUCGGAUUAAAUACCGAAAAUGGAGAGCAAGUUGCAGUUAAAUUAGUGUCUUUUACUCUCAAACACUCGCAAGUUUUGAUAGAGUAUAGGGUUUAUAAUAUCUUGCAAGGAGGCUGCGGCAUCCCCAAAAUUAUGUGGUUUGGAAAAUAUAAACACUAUAAUGCUUUAGUCAUGGAAUUACUCGGUCCGAGCCUCGAAGACCUAUUUAACUGUUGCGGAAGAAAAUUUAGUGUCAAAACUGUGCUAAUGUUGUCCGAUCAAUUAAUUUCCCGUCUACAGUACAUCCACUCGAAGAAUAUUAUCCACAGAGACAUCAAACCCGAUAAUAUUCUGAUGGGUUUAACUCAAUUCUGUAACAGAGUAUUUAUCGUGGAUUUCGGAUUAUCUAAAAUGUAUAAAGUCGAAGACAAACAUAUCGAGUACAAAGACGGAAAAAAGUUAACAGGAACAGUUCGUUAUGUUAGCCUUAACGUUCAUUUAGGAAUUGAACAAAGUCGAUGCGAUAAUAUGGAAUCUUUAGGCUAUGUCUUAAUGUAUUUCCUCCGAGGAAGUCUUCCUUGGGAGGGAUUGGUUGCUGCAACCAGAAAACAAAAAUACGAAAGAAUCUUCGAAAAGAAAGCAUCUACUUCUAUCGAAACAUUAUGCAGCGGAUUUCCCGACGAAUUUGCCAAUUAUCUGCGCUAUUGCAGAAGUCUGAAAUUCGAAGAAGCUCCCGAUUAUAAAUAUCUCCGCAGCAAAUUCAGAGAUUUGUUUUAUCGUUUGAACUUCAAAUACGAUUACAUGUACGACUGGAAUAUUACUAAACAAAAUAACUGAUGACCGGAUAAUGCAGGAAAUUAUGAUAAACAGAAUUUGAAGAUAUGAUUUAUAUUUAGUACAUUUUCGAAAUUCUAUGUUUGAUUAACGUUUUCUUAAUUAAACGCAAGUUACAGAAAAACACAAUGGCUCCUAAAUCCUUUCUUUUUGUUUCGCGCAACAUAUUGGAGA